CACGCACUCACAUUCAACCAGUCUCUACCGCCUCAUUUGAUUCAAAGCUUCCAAAUCGGCCCAGCCCGACCUUUCCUUCCAACAUCCAGCUGCAGAGCAGUCAGUCACUCAUUACUUCAAGUCUCCUGUGCUUUUUCGUGUGUUUCAAUUCAACUCAUCAACACACACCUCACCUUCUCUGUUUGGUAUUCCACGUAACAACAUCUCCAUAACAACAUUCGCUUCAUUCAUCGCCAUGAAGAACGUAGCUCUGGCUAGCGCACUCGCUGCAGGCUUUCUCAUCGGCACCGUGGGUGGUCACCCGUUCAAGCGCGCAGUGGUCACCGAAGUCGUCUAUGUCACUGAGACAAUCGGCGAUGCUGUGGUCUACGUCGACGAGAAGGGUGUGCCGUACUCUACCACUACUAUCAACAAGAUCACCAGCGUUGCUACAGCAGUAGUCGCGACCUCGACGACGUCUUCAAUCUCCCUGAUGACUCCCGAGAUGCCUUCCGCGCCUGAAGUACCGUCUUCUUCGGCAACAUCUGCUCCGUCUGCCCUACCUUCGUUCGUUUUCGUCUCAGAGGAACCUGAACCCACACGGGCCGACAUCGAUGUACCGGAAGCUUCCAACUCUCAGUUUUACGAGCCGCCCAUCAUCACUUCCGUUGCUGUGGAGUCGGCCUACGUCCCCUUACCUUCGCUCGCACCUGCACCUGAACCAGAACCAUCAGCCAUCAAGCAGGACGACUCGGCCGGCCGUCUACCUAUAGGCGUAACGUACGACCCCUUCACUGGCACUGGAGACAACUCCCGCUGCAAGACCGAGCAGGAGAUUACUAGUGAAUUCAAUAGGAUGAAGGACUAUAAGAUCGUUAGGAUCUACGGUAUGGGCUGCAACAUCAUCCCUCUUGCUGUUCAGAAUGCUCUGCGGAACGGUCAGACGCUCAUGGCAGGCGUGUACUUGAGCAACCGGGGUAACGGUGAGGCUCUUGGUCAGGUCAUCCAGACAUUCAAAGACGCCAUUGAUCAGUAUGCUGGCGGUAGCUGGGACAUCGUUCGGUUAUUUGCGGUCGAGAAUGAACGAGUAAACGAGCACGACAUGACUGCUUCGGACGUUGUCGGCGCUAUCCACAGUGCCCGCGGGCAACUGCGAGGGCUCGGAUACAACGGCCCUGUUGGUGCUGUCGAGACUGUGCCGGCUACAAUCGACAAUCCGGCGAUCUGCCAGGCUUCCGACGUAGUCAUGGUCAACUGCCAUGCCUUUUUCGACCCCAACACGAAAGCCGCAGACGCAGGUGCUUUCGUCCAGUCCCAAAUUGAGCUCGUCAAAACGAGCUGUAACACCAACCGUGUAGUCGUCACCGAGUCUGGAUGGCCGCAUCAAGGUGACGCCAACGGUGCUGCUGUGCCUUCGCCUGAGAACCAGCGUAUCGCCCUUGAAUCCAUUCGAGGCCACUUCGACCACGACAUGUUCCUCCACAACGCCUUCGACUCCACCUGGAAGUCUGAUUGGGCGUCGUCAUUCAAUGCCGAGCGCUGGUGGGGCGUGAUUCAGUAACUGUACUGAAGGCCGAUGAGCAGAAUGUUCGGCGUUGCAAGAUACCUUGAAGGUAUGAAGCCUACCAUUCCAUCUCUCACCAUAUGUACGCAUUGUCAGCUGGGUCUGACCACGUGCAUGGAAGUCAUUUUUGGCGCCAAUAUGCAUCAUGCAUCAUGAAGACAUGAAUUAUGUAGUUCACGUAACAUAGCUAGUCAAUCUAUCAGAUGUCGGC